AUGGAUCGAGGAGGAGCAGGAUGGGAACUCGUACUUGUGAACCUAGAGCAGUCGGGACUAUGUGAUCUGACCCCGGGCCGCUGCAUGGGUGCUUACACUUGCAUCGCCUAUCCACUGAACCCUUGAACGAGCACUUUUACGCGUGGGUUUAUUUGCUGGCACAGGAAGCAUGCACCUUGCGCUUCUGCUGACGCUGGGUGUCGGGUUCGCGUUUGCGUGCCAACUGCCCAGCGAGUGGCGACCCUUGAGCGAGGGCUGUCGAGCUGAACUCGCCGAGAUUAUCGUGUAUGCCAAGGUGCUGGCCAUCCACGAGGAGCCGUACGCGUCCAGCCUUUACAAUUACCUGCCGCACCUGAAGCACGAGCGCGCGGAGGACGCGCUGCUGUACGCGGCGGAGGUGGAGCUGCUGUGCGAUCAGGCGUGGGGCAGCAUGCUGGAGGUGCCUGCGGGCUCGCGCCUCAACCUCACGGGACUGGGGUACUUUAGCUGUCAGUCACACACGGUGAUGGAAAACAACUCCUACAUAUUCUUCCUCAGGAUGGAUGAAAACUACAACAUCAUCCCUCAUGGAGUCAACUUUCAGGAUGCCAUAUUCCCUGACACACUAGAGAACAGACGACUGUUUUCCAGCCUCUUCCAGUUCUCAAACUGCUCUGGUGGACAGACGAUUCACAGCUUUAAUAGUGAUUGGGAGAGCCAGGAAGACAGCAGGCUCCUGUGUUCCUCCGUGCAGAAGGUGUUGUUUGAGGAGGAGGAGCGAGUUGGACAGCUUGAGGAGCGUGUGGCCGAGCUGGAGAGGAAGAACGAACAGUUAAAAGAGCGAGUGGGGAAACUGAGGCAUUCUCUGAGAAAGGCCCGCAAAGUGUCCCGCCGUUCAGAACGGGAACGCCUGGAGCUGCAAGAGCGCCUGAAGAUGGCGGAGAGACACGUGGGACAAUACCUCAAUGCCAUUUCACCCCAACACAGCCCUCCCCGCCACAGAUACACACACGGACUGUGAGCUCCAACACACACACACACACACACCUUCACAUGGACUCAUACAGACUGCAGGGCAGUCUUCAAAUCCCAUAUAUUUGCAUUUUUUGUUCUUUGCAUAGUUUUUAGCAAUUAAUUAAACUCCAAAUGCUUGAUGUAAACUUUUUUUGUACAUAAUUUUAAUGUUGAUAUUGAUAACGUAAGCUUAAAUUUAAAUAUUCUUUUUGAAGAAAUGUAAGAUCUCAGUGUAAAAACUGAAUACUUAUGGAGCUAUUUCUAAUCUGACCCUUAAAAAUGACUUGUUAGUGUUUAGCUGAUGUCAUAUUUUAAGACUUUUAGUUUGAAUUAAACUAAUUUUGAUGCUACCACAUGAAGUGCAUUUUUCAAACAUUAAAGUGUCUUUCUUUGAAUUUUUAAAGGGAUAGUCCACCUAAAAUUCUGGCAACGUUUACUCACCAUCAUCAAUCUUCUGCUGAACACAAAAGAAGAUAUUUUGAAGAAUGUUGAUGGCCAAACAGUUUUUUUCCCCAUACUAAGAAAAAAAAAAACAUUUUUCUUUUGUGUUCCACCGAAGCAAAAAGUCAUAUAGAUUUGGAACGACAUGAGACAUGAGU